CUCCCCCCUCCACUACCCCCCAACCCACCCGCAGCCUGGUGCUUGCCCCCCUGCAGAGGGCCAGGCUCUGUCUGACGAGGGGAGCUGGGAUGGCCGUAAGAUGAUGGAGCAGCUGGAGGGAAGAUUCCAGGGACUAAGAAGUGAUCUUGGGAACAAAGAUCCAAGGAUUUGGAGGGAAGAGAAGACAAAGGAGAUCUAGCCAACCACCAGGGUCCCUGGGAGACAACAGUAAAGCAAGAAUUUCUCUCCUCGAGUACAAGGAAUGCUUCUCCCUCUACGACAAGGAACAAAGGGGGAGAAUAAAAGCUAACGACCUAAUUGUGGUGAUGCGGUGCCUGGGGGCCAGCCCGACCCCGGGAGAAGUGGGAAGACACCUGCAGGAUCAUAAACUAGACAGAAAUGCUGAGCUGGAUUUCUCUACCUUCCUUACCAUCAUGCACAAGCAAAUGCAACAGGAAGAGCCACAAAAAGAAAUUCUACUGGCCAUGCUGAUGACUGAUAAAGAGAAGAAGGGGUACAUCACUGCAGAAGAACUAAGAUCCAAACUUACCAAACUGGGAGAACGCUUAACUAACAAGGAAGUGGAUGAUCUCCUGAAAGAAGCUAAUAUUGGACCAAACGGCAAAGUGAAGUACAACGAAUUUAUCCAAAUGAUCACACUUCCUACAGCAGAUUACUGAACUGGAUACAUGUGGAUACAAAGAGGAGUCAUUUUUGAAAUCUGGAAACUUCUGCUAUUCGAUUGGAUUUUUAUAAAACGUGUCCUUUUUACUCUAGGGGAAAUGGUAGUAUCAUGCUUAGGGUGCUGCCUUCUAUCCCUGACACAAGAACUCUGUAAUGAUACAAAUAAAAUUGUUUUUAACAGUGUUAUGACCUUAAUGAAUAAAUCCACUUAAAUGGGGCCAUCUAAUUAAAGAACAAAAGGGUAACUAGGUGGCUAAGCCGACAGAGUUCUGGGCCUGGAGUUAGGAAGACACCUCUUCCUGAGUUCAAAUUCGGCUUCAAUACUUCCUAGCUGUGUGAUCCCAGGCAAGUCACUUCCCCCUGUUUGCUUCAGUUUCCCCAUCUGUAAAAAUGAGCUGGAAAAGAAAAUGGCAAACCACUCCAGUAUCAUUGCCAAGAAAAUCCCAAGUGGAGUCAUGAAGAGUCGGACAUGACUGAAAAAUACCAAACCCUACCUUUAAAGCUCAGCGACUAUCUUCCAAACGAAAAGAGAAAUAUUGCCGCUACAGCAUUAAGUUAAAUAUUCUUGGCGAGGUUUCAUGUUGCAUCAUGUAUCACAUUAUCAGGGUCAUUCACAUAUUUCCAGUCCCUAUCUUAUGUACCAUAUUUCCAGUGUAUUCCUCUACACACAUAUAUACAUAAAAGUAGUCACUACUGUGGAAACCUAGCUAAGAAACAGUGUGUAAUAAUUAAGUUGAUGCACUAAGGUUCCACUACAGAGAGAACAUGCUAAAAUCCAUGGAUAGCCUGCAUGGAAACAAUCUUAAAAACAAAACAUUUCGGACACAAAAACUCAGAGCAUCUGACACGGCCUACUACUAGAGGCUUGGGCCUCUAUGGAAACUGAACAUUUCACUGCCUAGAGAAGUUCAUUUACACACCAGGAGUUUGGCUCUUUUUAUUUUUUCAUCACCUAGGGACAUGGAACUCCUUUCCUACACACCUCAAAACUUGAUGACAACCCCUACUAUGUGCCUUUGAUACAACCCCUUGGGAGCUUCUGCCUUGGAUCACUUUUCCAGCUCUCCAAUCUUAAAUCUCUCUAGCUAACUGCUCCUUACCCACUAGCUAUAAAUUUUUCUUAAAAAAAAAAAAAAGCCUUCCUUAGACCUCAA